AUGGCAAAUAAAAGGAAUCUCCCAGUAAGGAGCAAUUUAGCAACGCCUACGUCGUAUUCUCAUGCCGAUGCACGUUCAAAUAAUUGUUAUAUGACUCCUCCAUCGUUCAAUCCUGUUAACCCAAAUCAAUCAAAUUCCCAAAUAUCUACACUCACAAUUAGUCCAGUGCCGUUCUAUGCAAACUCUCCUUAUGACAAACAGACCCCUAAACCCGAUAGAAAUCAGUUGAAUGCGUUUAAUGUUCAAAAAGUUAACCGAGAAGACCUUCUUCGUAUGUGGAGACAUGAUGCACUUAUGCAGGAACAGUACGAUACAGCCAUGUUUGUUGGAGAGACAGUACUCUCUAUAACCAACGAUCCUAAUGAUGCAUUCUGGCUGGCAAAAGUUUACUGUUCAACUCACAACUAUGCGCGAGCAAAGAGUCUUCUUCUAAAACAGGAUCUUCUGAAUCAAAGCUCUGCAUGCAGAUACUUAGCUGCAUUAUGCUGUGUAAAACUGUUUGAUUGGCAAGGUGCGUUGUCUCUCUUAGGCGAGGAAAACCCUUUUCGUUCAGGAACUGGUAAAUUGCCAAAAUUAAAAAUGCAGGAUGGAGGAAUUAAGCUUGAAGCUUCCAUGUGUUAUCUCCGGGGUGUGGUUUACACAAACUUAAACAACUUUGAUAAAGCAAAAGACUGCUAUAAAGAAGCUGUUUUGCUUGAUACAAAGUGUUUUGAAGCCUUUAACCAAUUGGUGUCAAACCAUUUGCUUACCGUGAAAGAAGAAUGGGAAUUGGUGAAUAGUCUUGACUUCACGGCAUAUUCAAAGGAGGACGCAGAUUUCCUUAGAGCAAUGUACACAUUAAAAAUUAAUAAGCUCGCCCAUGAAGACGAACUUAGUCGUGCUUCCGCUUACCUUUCUUCUGUAUCUGGUUUAAAAGGCAGUGCAGACCUACUCUUGUGUCGUGCAGAAGUCCUUUUCGUGAAGUCCUGUUUCAGAGACGCACUUAAACUCACGUCUCAAAUAUUGGAGAAUGAUCCUUACAAACUUGAAGCUUAUCCUGUUCACCUUGCUUGCUUACAUGAAUUAGGUGAAAAGAAUAAAUUGUUUCUUAUUGCUCACGACCUUACGGAUAAGCAGCCAACAAAAGCUGUCACUUGGCUUGCUGUUGGCAUUUACUAUUUAUGUGUUAAAAAAAUAACUGAAGCACGGCGUUUUUUUUCCAAGGCCUCCACAAUGGAUCCUCACUUUGGCCCCGCCUGGAUAGGCUUUGCUCACUCAUUCGCUGUAGAAGGCGAACACGAUCAAGCUAUUUCAGCUUAUACAACAGCGUCACGGCUAUUCCAGGGUGCACAUUUGCCAUACCUCUUUCUAGGUAUGCAACAUAUGCAACUUGGAAACAUGUUGCUUGCCGAUGAGUAUCUGAAAAGUUCAUAUGAAUUAUGUCAGCAUGAUCCCCUGUUACUAAAUGAGAUGGGUGUUCUUGCUUUUAACAAAGGUGACAUGCAACAGGCGAUCAAAUGGUUUAGAUCUGCACUUAAACUCGUGAAGAAAACACAAGGCAAUGAAACUGUGUGGGCUGCGACAUGGGCUAAUCUUGGACACGCCUACAGAAAAUUGAAAAUGUAUGACCCUGCACUUGAAGCCUUUCAGCAAGGUUUAUACCUAUCAUCUCGAGAUGCGAACAUUCAUACAGCAAUUUCACUUAUUUAUUUGCUGAAAAAGAACCCUGCGGAAGCUAUCAAGCAUUUGCAUGAGAGUCUUGCCAUUAGUCCUGCCGAGACUGUCAGUUCAGAUUUGUUGAAGCGAGCUCUGGAAGAAAACGCAUCUGCGUCAAAUGUGUCAGAUGUUAAUAUUGUAUUUGAAGACUCGGGGAGCGAGAGCAUGCAAAGUUCCUCAAAUGAUUUUGGGAGCAAUGUCGAAAUGAGUAUGGAUCAAAAUCUUAGUUCAAUGGGUGACUCCUUGGUGAACUCUACGCAAAGUUAUUUAGACUCGCGAUCUGAACUGAAUGUGGAAGUCUUUGAUAAUGCAAUUUUUAAAUCAUCUGAUGCUCGCAGUUUUAUGCGCAGAAUGUAAUGUUAAGUCAACAGUUGUUGAAUACGAGAUUAUUUCAUGUCAAUAAAUGAAGAAACAGUUUUCUAUAAAUGCAUCAUUAAACAAUAUCAUUACUCUAGUCAUGAAAAGACUAACAAAUAAAAUGUUAGCUUCUGUCAAUGGAAUGAGAAGAACGUAGCUUCUUAAAGGAAGAUGAAUU